GAGAGGGAAGGAGAGAGGCUGAGGUCCUGUAGCAGAGGGAAAGAGAGAGGCUGAGGUCCAGUAUCAGAAGGAAAGAGAGGCUGAGGUCCAGUAUGAGAGUUAAAGGGAGAGGCUGAGGUCCAGUAUGAGAGUUAAAGGGAGAGGCUGAGGUCCAGUAUGAGAGUUAAAGGGAGAGGCUGAGGUCCAGUAUGAGAGUUAAAGGGAGAGGGAGAGGUCCAGUAUGAGAGGCUGAGGUCCAGUAUGAGAGUUAAAGGGAGAGGCUGAGGUCCAGUAUGAGAGGCUGAGGUCCAGUAUGAGAGUUAAAGGGAGAGGCUGAGGUCCAGUAUGAGAGUUAAAGGGAGAGGCUGAGGUCCAGUAUGAGAGGCUGAGGUCCAGUAUGAGAGUUAAAGGGAGACAGGAUAUUAGUUUAAAGAUUAUAUUGAGUAGAACGUCCUUAGAUAUAGUCUCAAAUAUUUUAUAUUUUUUAAGAGCAACGGGGCUGGCAGGUAGUAUUUAGUUUCUCCGUCUCUGGGAUUCUUUAAUCAGUUUGACUCGUUGGACAGGUCAGAGUCUGUUUGAAGGUGUUGAGUGGUUUUUUAGCUACUGUAAUUGAGUACUGACAGUGUCUUCUGUGGAAGGUGCAAGUUACCUGAAAUAUAUAAUCUAGCAAUGUUCAUCACAAACCAAAUUCAUGCCUUUAGCUGUUGAAAAUUGUUUUAUUAUUUUUCAGGGGAUAAUGGCCCUGGACCCCACUACCGGUUUUGGGCUAAACCCCUAAAUGUCUUAAAAUCCUAGAAACGCCCCUGGUUAUUGAACUCAACCUGCAGGAGGUUUGUUUGUUGUGAUUGAGUGGGGGACAGCUUUAGGGGGACAGCUUUAGGGGGGCAGCUUUAGGCAAGGCUCUGACAGAUGGGUGUGUCUUGGUGGUGGCAAGGACACAGCCAAGAAACACCCACAUUAAAUGUCAGCUUCAAAUGGGUAGGGACGUCCCAAGGAUCCCGGAUAGCAAGGAUAGUGGAUGGCAUACCAGUCUUGGCAAACAUGCACACACCUUUAAAAAAACAGUGUUGCCUGGGUAAAUCAGUUCUCUUCUAUAUAGACGGUAUGCACCGGUUUCCAGACCCAUAUUAAGCCAAUUCCUGGAAUAAAAAUGGAGAUUCUCUUGAAGUAUCAUUGCUCAGCAGGGACCACAGUAUGCAGACUCACAGAGAGAAAACACUACUUUAACACUACAGCGCCAUCAUCUGGACUGGAAGCAGAACUGCUCUCACUCGUUCUGUAUAUGCUGUGUUCCGUCAUGUUCUGUAGUUCUGUCAGCUGGCUGGUGGGGGCACUGUGAGGCUGGCUGGUAAAAUGAAAUCUGUUUUCUAGACACACACACACACACACACACAAAGGCACCUGUCUGGAACGUUCUGGUCUCUGAUUGGUUAACCAUAGAGGGAGAGAGAGAGAAACCUGACAAACUGUUCUUAGGUUUCUGAAUCUGAGCCACAAGGUUAGGUUUCUGACUGAGAUAAUACCUGUGGAAAAGCAGACAGACUUCUGGUUCAGUGAGGGAGAAGAUAAAUAUUCCAGAAGUCUCCACUCUGAAACCAACCAGGACAGGACACUAGAACAGCAGAACCAGCCAACCAGUGCAGCAACAGCCUAUUCUACAGACCGGUCAGAACAGUAAAGGACAUUCUAGACCAGAAACUAGCAUUCUAGAACAGAACAGGGCAUUUUAGAACAGGACAGGACACUCUAGAAGAGGUACAGGACAUUCUAGAACUGGACAGAACACUCUAGAAGAGUACAGGACAUUCUAGAAGAGGUACAGGACAUUCUAGAACUGGACAGAACACUCUAGAAGAGUACAGGACAUUCUAGAAGAGGUACAGGACAUUCUAGAACUGGACAGAACACUCUAGAAGAGUACAGGACAUUCUAGAACUGGACAGAACACUCUAGAGGAUGAGGAACCUCCUGACCACCGAGAACCAGAACUGUUACCGGGAGCAGAUAGAGAAGGAGUUCUACGCCCGGCUGGCCUGGAAGAGCCGCUACGGACGAGACUACACCACCAGCUUCGUCUCCCGCAGGGCCAAUGAGCAGGUAGGGCUGAGGCUCCCUGAGCUCCCCCUGACCACCACUAAGACCAUCCUGCCACCUGUGCUAUCUACCCUGGAGAGGAGGAGAGAGGCUGCAGUGCCCAUGGACAGGUCACUGAGCGAGGCUCCUCUGAUGAGAGCAGUGACACCCCAGACCAAGGAAUCUCUCUACCAGGGUUUUUCCAAGGAGGGGAAGGGGCGCAGCCUGUACCUCCACACACGCACCCAGAAAGGCCCAGAGGAGAGGUUUGACUACCCUCUACUGUCUUCCUGGGACUACGGAUGGAGACUGGGUGACUAUGGAAGAGACUACAGGUCGCCAGCCAAUGGAAGAUCAGGAGUCGUGAGGAACACUUUUUACGCCAGGAAUGGAAUUUUCAAUUUUCCCUCCGAAACUGAUCGCCUUGGAUGACGAGGCUUCAUUUUUCAGCUGUUUUUUAUACUUUAUGAUUUUGAUGAAGAAUAACUUUCAUUUGUUUUCACUGUAUGAGGAUGCUAUCUUCGUUUGAUUUAUAACAAAUAUAUUCUCUUCUAUAGGAUAAACAGUUGUGUGUUAGCUAUAAAUAAUGUUCAUAUGCCAUUCUUAUGAAAACACUGUUACUUUACAUAUACACACUGUUAUAACUGUUGGAGACAAUGUGUUGUUAUAAUAACAUAUGUUUGGAUAAAACUUUUUCUAGUCAUUUGCUGUCA